AUGUCAACACUAUCCAUCGAUCCUGGUCUGUCCGCCGAUCCCCACACGGGAAUGCAUUCCUCUCGCUCUCGCUCACAUUCUCAUUCUCCUGCACCGCCCCCCCUUCCCGCAUCCACCGUCCCUCCUCCCACUCUCGGCAGCGUCGAACACAUCCUCCACCAGCUCGCAGCAGUGGACGAGCACGCCGAUGUUGACAAGCAACGACAUGCUGCCAAGGUACUCACCGCGGCGUUGCAGACCGGGCAAAGAUUCGAAACACCUCUUGGGACCCUGGGGCACGAACAGAUCCUUCACCUACUUGCCCAGCUACCCAGUGCAGUGGCAAGGCCGGACGGCGA